AUGCUCGUAGAAAUAGAGUAUAAGAAUUAUGGAAAACGCAACGCCCGCCAAGACAGACCCUGGGUCAACAACAAAUCCCCCAACUUGCAUUCGAGAAAAGACUCCUCCACUCUCGUCAAACUGGACUUUGACGCCAGAGUCCCGAUCCCUUUCAGUGUCUUCCCGUCGUCGUACCGGAGCGACGCUGCUGUAGACACUACUCGCGUCAAGGUAGAAAGAGAGACCAACCAGCGCGUCGGACGGGAAGGUCACGAAACCAAGUACUCUUCUUACUCUGCCUCUCUUCCAGGCCGCAAAGAUCGUACUCGAUACGACGAGGAAGAGGUCAAGGUCUACGGAGAGGACCGUGAACGCCGUCCGCGCCGCAAAGAAGACGACGUUACUGUCUACGCAGAGGAAGACCGAUACCGCUCAGACCGAAAUCACCGCGAUCACGAUCACGCAGAAGUAGAGAUCACCAGAGAUCACCACCAGCGCCAUCACAAUCACCCAGACAUAGAAGUUAGAAGAGAUCUCCCCCGAGAUUCAGACCGCCGCUAUACUGAUACAAAGGUCGACAUCGAAGUUCCUCACCACCACCGCCGCGAAGAAGAGAUCGACAUCACGGAACGUGAUUAUCGACGACGCCUUCACCCCAAUUACGACGUUGAAUUCGAGCGUCGUCAUACCGGACCUCGAGAGGAACGAAUCGAAGCCGAAACAAUCGUAGAGCCACCGCAUCGUCCAGAUAUGGGUUACUACGACGACGAAGGGCGCUACCACUCUAUCCGUCGCGGCCUUGAGCAUGCCGCUGACCGUGUAUUUCACCCUUUCCAUCCACAGCACGAGCGUGAGGAGGUGAUUAUCGAGAAGGAGGAUCGAGAGCGAGGCCCUACCCGUGUCCGUGAUGGAGUCCAUGAGACUGUUCGCUAUGUUGAGCGUCGUGGCGGGGUGGCUGACACCAUUACCAUCCCCUGCCAUCACAUCCGCAUUGGCGAUCUGCUGAUCCUCCAAGGUCGUCCCUGUCAGGUCAUCCGGAUUACCACCUCUGCUCAGACCGGUCAGCACCGCUACCUAGGAGUUGACCUCUUCACCAAGCAACUCCACGAAGAAUCAAGCUUCGUCUCCAAUCCUUCCCCCUCGGUCAUCGUCCAGAAUAUGCUCGGCCCCGUUUUCAAGCAGUACCGCGUCCUUGACAUUCGCGAUGACGGCCGCGUUGUUGCCAUGACCGAGACUGGCGAUGUGAAGCAAGGUCUUCCAGUCAUUGAUCAGGGUGGAUUGUGGUCGAGACUCAACGACUCGUUCGCCAACGGUCGUGGCAGUGUUCGUGUAUUAGUCAUCAAUGAUGGAGGUCGUGAGCUCGCUGUGGACUACAAGACCAUGGAAGUCCCAGACUCAGCCUGCAAAGACUUCGCCCCAACGCCCCCGUUCCCUAAUGAUGUCCCAACAGCACCCUUGCUGCGAAUCUCUCUGAACAAGCUCCUGAACAAGGACCAAGACGAAUCGGGUCACUUCUUUACUGCCCACAAAGACUCGGGCUUUUCGUACCUCGACCUCCGUGGCGCCCUACAAGGUCAAUCCAUGCUCAACAACGCAGACAAGCUCUUUGAUGUUGGGAAGCAGCUCUACGAUUGA